GCACAGGAUCCAGUGAAGGUGUGUUCCUGCAGCAAACUGGAAACUGAAGUCGGGUCUUCAUGAGACUGGAACAAACAACAAACUGCACCAGUAACAGUCUAACCUCCGGGCCAGUGUUGAGUCUGAGCUGAAGUGAAAAUGGAAAACAUUCAGGAGUUGAUCCCCUUCGCCAAAGAAAUGCUGAGUCAGAAACCCAGACGGGGUCUGCUGAAGGUCUACCUGGUGGGCUCUGUGUUUGCAGUGCUGGGGACCAUCAUCGGGCUGGUUGAAACCGUGUGUCACCCCUUCUCCUCCGGUGGGCCACUGGAUGAAGAGCUGCUCCUCAUGUUGACCCGGGAGCAGAGAACUGUGGAGGCUGAGAUACAGCACAAUGUGGGGGGCCUGGAGGAGGAAGAGGAGGAGGAGGAGGUGGACGAACAGGCCCAUGAAAAUGCGGCCACGACCCAGAGCGUGACCCUCUCCAAGAUUCACACACUCAGCCAUCGAAGCAUGGCCAACCGGCUGCACGCCUCCUAAAGCCAGAGGGGUCGACCCCAAGUGACUUGAGUUAUUUAUAAGGGAGCUGCUCCUGCCACACCAAUGAGCUGUGCAACACGCACACAGUCUGAAGCUUUACAGACAGCUGAGAAAGAUGUGUCUGAGCUGCCUGCCAUUCUGUGCUGCUUAUUAAUGAUGCCUUCAAGUGCUGCCCCGACACUUUUUUGACUUUGAGAGCAUAUAAAUCAUGUCACAGUAACAAUAUAAGUGAAGUGUACAUUAACUGGAUUAAUUGGAGAAAUGGUUUUGUGGUUCUGCAGGGAUCCACCAGCUGGUUCCCCUGGGCCCUGAAAACACAGGGAUGUCACAAUAAAGAAGGUUACUUGAAAAAUAGUUGUAUAAGAAAAUAGAUAAAUGAAGUCACAGUUAGCUGUGUACAGCUGUAAACAACAUUAAGAAGUUAAACUGAUUGAAAUCUCCCAUAUUCCUCACUGGGACAAGGUUCCUAUACCAAACAGUGGUCUGCAGGUUCACAGGAAUCAAAGUUACAAGAAAUAUAUAAAACACAAUUGUGUUCCAUAAGGGCUCUUUCACAUUCUUACAAAGGACAAACACGACACAAGCAAAACAGUAGACACACAGUCCAUUCUGUUAAUAUUUUCUGAUUUAAAAGACUUCAGAGCCUGAAGGUAAAAGUUCAUAAGCAUCUGGACGUGUCUGAACUGCCACUCCACCCACAUACUAUUUUCAAAGAGAGGAACAUUUGUUGUAAAUAUUAUGCAACGUGCAAAUGCUGUAAAUAUACAACCUUUUUUCAUACUAGUUCAGUUUGUUUUAUUUAUUUAGCCUGGUUGCUUUAAAUGUUUGCUGUACAUGUUCAAUAAAUAUCAGUCUUAUGUAA